AUGCCAGACCAUCCCCAACAAAUGCACAACAUCCAACCAACAACCCUCAAAACCUUCGUCACCCAGAUCCUCAUCGCAAAUGGCACAUCACCAGCCCACGCCGAAAUCAUCUCCAAAUGUCUCGUCUCCGCCGACCUACGCGGCGUAGACACCCACGGAAGCAACCGCAUCCCCUCAUACAUGGAGCGGAUCCGGCAAAAGGCCCUGGACCCCCGCGCGGUCCCCACAAUCCACCAAGUGACACCAGCGGUUGCACAAGUGGACGCGCACAACGGAUUCGGGUUUGUCGCCGCGCACGAAGGCAUGAAGCUCGCCAUCUCGAUGACGCAGAUUUACGGCAUCGGCAUGGUCUCCGUUAAGCAUUCGAAUCACUUCGGCAUGUCCGCGUGGCUGGUGCAGCAGGCGCUGGAGGCGGAUAUGAUGUCGCUGGUGUUUACGAACAGUUCGCCUGCGCUGCCGGUGUGGGGCGGGAAGGAGAAGCUGAUGGGUGUAUCGCCGAUUGCGUGUGGAGCGCCGGCUGGGGAGGGGAGGCCUCUGAUUUUGGAUAUGGCGCCUUCGGUUGCGGCGCGGGGCAAGAUCUAUAAGGCGCUUCGGCGCGGGGAGAAGAUUCCUACGGAUUGGGCGCUGGACAAGGAUGGUGGGCGGACUGAUGAUCCGGGUGAGGCGUUGCAAGGGGUUAUGCUGCCCAUGGGUGGGCCGAAGGGGUCGGCGUUGUCGGUCAUGAUGGAUGUUUUCUCGGGGGUGCUUUCUGGGUCUGCCUUUGCGGGACAUGUUACCAAUCCCUAUGAUCCGUCCAAGCCAGCGGAUGUGGGUCAUUUUCUAGUGGCUAUCAAGCCCGAUUUGUUCAUGACUAUUGAGGAGUUUAAGGGGAGGAUGGAUUAUCUCUAUCAAAGGGUUGUUGAGUCGGAGAAAAUGGCUGGUGUGGAUCGGAUCUAUUUCCCUGGGGAAAUCGAGAUGAUCACCGAGGAGAAGCGGCUGGCUGAGGGCAUUCCUUUGGCAGCGGCUGAGAUUGAGAGCUUGAAUAAGGAGGCUGAUCUAGUGAAUGUUCAGCAUUUGAACGUGUAA